AUGUGCAAUACAAAACUACACCAGUUUCUACAGCAUCUCCCCAAAUGCGAACACCACGUCCAUCUCGAAGGAUGUCUCACACCAGAGUUGAUGUUCGCUCUCGCAGCCCGCAAUGGGAUCACUUUACCAAACACAGAUAAACGACCAGAAUUUACGUCGCCAGAAACUUUGUAUGAAAGAUAUGAACACUUUACUUCUCUUGACGACUUCCUCAGUUACUACUUUAUCGGCAUGUCCGUGCUCCAGCAGCAAAGGGACUUUGAGGCCCUAGCUUGGGAAUAUUUCCAAAAAGCGCACGCGGAUGGCGUCCAUCAUGCGGAGGUAUUCUUUGAUCCGCAAGAACAUCUCAAUCGAGGCGUAUCCUUUGAGACUGUCGUGUCCGGCUUCGUUGCGGGCUGUCGGCGAGCCGAACAGGAAUACGGCAUGACGGCGAAACUUAUCAUGUGUUUUGUCAAGCAUUUACCUACGAGCGAUGCACAAAAGGUAUUUGAUCUGGCUGUUGAGGGCGGUCAUUUUGAGUCUGGUGCACUACACGGUAUCGGCGCUUCGUCGUCUGAAGUUGGUCCGCCCAAGGAUAUGUUCAAGGAGAUUUAUGCGACGGCUCAUUCAAAGGGAAUUCGAAGAACUGCUCAUGCCGGUGAAGAAGGAGACCCAACAUACAUUGAAGCUGCUCUUGAAUCAUACCGAUCGCAACGAAUCGACCACGGCAUCAGAUUGAUUGAUAGCCCCCGAUUAAUGGAGCAAGUCGUCCGAGACGAGAUCCUGCUCACAGUCUGCCCCGUAUCAAACGUCAAACUACGAUGCUUCGACCAUAUAAGCAAAGUCCCGAUUCGGACUUUCUUGGAGGCCGGCGUGAAAUUUUCGAUUAACAGUGAUGAUCCGGCGUACUUUGGGGGUUUCAUUUUGCAUAAUUACUGUAGCGUUCAGGAAGCAUUUGAUUUGAGUAUCGAGGAGUGGAGGACGAUUGCGGAGAACAGUAUUCAUGGCAGUUGGGUUGAGGAGGAGAGGAAGAUGGAAUUGUUGAGAAGAGUAGAUGAGCAUGUGCGGGCGCACCAGUAG